UCUUUCCGACGAGCCACAGCCACGUGAGCGUCGUGCUGACUGCCACAGUGCAGACACUGACUUCCUAUCUUUCAACAAACUGAUUUAGUCAGCAAGAUCUUUAGUCGGUUUGGCACUUGAGGACAAAGAAGCAGCAAAGCAGCUGUGUUGGAUCAGAUAUCUCCCAACUUGAACUAGCAGCCACUGCAAGACUGCAUGAAACCACGUGGACGGCACCAACAAGUGUAAUCAACUGACCACCGAGUGACGAGCGAACGUACAGAUUGACACUUUGACCGGCCAGGGCUUCAGAUAAAUGGCUGACAAGCAGAUCAAUUUGCCUGCCAAAUUGAUCAAUGGGGGGAUCGCUGGCCUGAUCGGAGUGACCUGUGUGUUUCCCAUUGACCUGGCCAAGACUCGCUUGCAAAACCAGCAAAAUGGAUGUCGCCUUUACACCAGCAUGUCAGAUUGCCUUAUUAAGAUCAUCCGGUCCGAGGGGUAUUUUGGGAUGUACCGAGGAGCGGCAGUGAACUUAACACUAGUCACGCCAGAGAAAGCCAUUAAAUUGGCUGCCAACGACUUCUUCAGGCAACAACUCUCCAAGGAUGGAAAACUCACUCUGUUCAAAGAGAUGCUGGCUGGAUGCGGGGCAGGUACAUGCCAGGUUAUUGUUACAACUCCUAUGGAGAUGCUGAAAAUCCAGCUCCAAGAUGCUGGACGAAUCGAGGCUCAGAGGAAGCUGAUGCCAGAGACAGUGGCAGCAGGUACCGUGGCGACCAAGUCUCCCACAGCCAUGCAGAUCGCCAGAGAACUGUUCAGGGAAAAGGGUAUCGCUGGGCUGUAUAAGGGCCUUGGCGCCACCUUGCUCAGGGAUGUUCCUUUCUCCAUCAUCUAUUUCCCCCUGUUUUCCAACCUGAACAACCUGGGAAAAAGAGGCGUGGAUGGGCCUGCUCCCUUCUACGUGUCGUUUCUCUCGGGCUGCCUUGCGGGGAGCACAGCGGCCGUUGCCGUCAACCCUGUUGAUGUGAUAAAGACCAGACUGCAGUCACUGAACCGAGGAAGCACAGAAGACACGUACAGCGGAGUGACUGACUGUAUCAGGAAAAUUAUGCAAAACGAGGGACCAUCAGCCUUCCUGAAGGGAGCCUACUGUCGAGCCUUGGUCAUUGCUCCUCUGUUUGGCAUCGCCCAGGUGAUCUACUUCUUGGGUGUGGGGGAAUAUAUUCUCAGCUCCUUCACUAGAAAAGAAAAGUAAAAAGCACAUCCUUUCUGCCUUUCCCUCCCACAAUGCAUCACGCCAACUGCGUUCAUCUCAUUCUGAAAGAAAUGUUCAAUGGGUCAAAGCGUGGCCGGUCAGUACAUGUUGUGUUGAAUUUGUUGUGUUGAAUGUUGAACGUUGAGGGAGCCUUUGUUUGCCAAGCUGCCUAUGGGGGCACACAACAAUCCAGGAGGCAUGCUGGAAAUAAAGCCACAAAUAUCUGUUGAAGUUAAAAGGAAUAGUGAUUUUAUAAUUACAGCAUCUUAUUGAAUUUUGUGAAAAUGAUUGUCGAAUUUCCAGAGUAGACGUACUGCCCUUGGUUGCUGCAGCUCUGCACGCCCCACACUAUCUAGUUUUUAAAAACCAUUAGUCUCUGAAUUACAAAGAGACCUUGAUCUAUUGAAAAGUAUACAUAAUACAAAGUUAAAUUAAUGCAUGUACUUUACUUUGUAAAGAUAUUUGUAAACAUAAGAAGAAUAGAAUAUAUUUAUAAAAAAAACAUUCAAAGAAUUCCCGCAGACCCUAUGUCUUAGAAAAUAGAAUAUUUAGAAUUAGAACAAGGCAUAGAGUAUGCCUCAAUUUCAGACAAAGACCGGGGGAAUGUAUUGAUACGAUAUCAGCACACCCCUCUGAUCUUUCCUGAGAAGCCACACCCCUUCCUGUCAGUGCUUGUAAUGAAGCAGUCAGCUCCACGCUGACUUGGGUUGCCUUGGCUUUUCAACCGAGAUCAGGUUCCAUUUGAUAUGUAGUGCUACCACAAUGGUUUGACUGCCUCAGUGAAAACAUAUCUCCUUUUUUUCGUCGUCACAUCCUAAAGUGAAGGGACACUGUACAACAUUCGGGCAUUAUGCACACUACACCAACACAUUGUUUAAAGCUGCCUCUAUGGGCUGAAACUGUCAGGCAUGUUGUCGUUGUGGCCACACUCCAAUCAGUGAUGUCACAGCAGGGGGUUUGCCUCUGUGAGAUGACGGGAACAACACCUGCUGUGACUUCACAUAUGGGAUUGCUGUGCACUUUAAGCAUUUCAGUCCACCGAGAGCGGAGAGCCAGUGGUUUUCUGCCCUGUGUGAUUCCUUGUGGCUUCAGAUGAAGCGUUAGCUGUUAGCGAUAAAUGGGUUGAAAAUCAUUUAAAUAGGAUGCAGGUUAUUAGCAGGUUAUUCUGGAAUUGGAAUUUGGAACAAAUGGUCAGACAUUACAUGCCGAGGCCUCCUGAGUACAGUCAUCCAUUGUGGAGUCAGGGAGACCUGGGCUGGAGUAGUUCACACCCCCGAGAUCCAGACAUACUUUUAAUUGUUUACAGAUGAGUUCUCACAUCCAUUGGCAGGACCCAAAGAGCUAAUGGUGAAUCUUUCUUUAUCUGAAAAUCCAUCUAAUGUGUUUUGGGUGUUCUAUGAUUCUACCAGCCGUCUCGGCUCGUUUGCUUUCGAGGUUUUGUUUGCUUUAAGCUGCGAGGGAAAGCAGCCCGGGCGGCUCUUGUUUAUGCAUCACAACACUGAAGCCCCGCCAUUGGUUUGUCUCGCCGGAGAUCAAGGUGACUUUGAUAUGUAUUGUCCAAUCACAUUCCUCCCUCGCUCCCACUGUUCAAGCAGCUCCUCGAUUAUGAUGCUGCACCGGAGAUACGAGGUGCAACUUUUCAUUGUUUUAUCAUUUGUGGGAGUGAGAUCUAUUUAUCAAAAAUCCUUUCUAUGGGCAGUAUAGCACUAUAUAUUUGUAUGUGUUGUUUUUUCUGUGUCAAAGUGUCCACCUUAACUAUAUUGUAAAUAUGCAGAUACUAUGAACUUUAUGUUUUAGAAUAUAUUGUUUGGUUUGUACAUGAUGGCUUAUUUGCACACCUACCUCUCCCCCCCCCCCCCUUCAAUCCAUUAUGUUGUGAUUUUAUGUUCUGAAGAUGUGGACAUAUCAAAUGAAGGAACGUGUUUUAAUGCAACAAACAUAAUUUGAACUUAAAUGCAGCGUGUUAAAGAUUUGUAUCUUGUUUCAAAUGUGUUGCUGUAUGCAAAGAGGAGCACGAGUCCAGAUCAAGGAGGUUUAUUGGAGGUGUCAUUAUUGGUUAAUUGGUCAGCCUAUUGUCCUGUUUCUUACAGUUUUAUCAAACGGGAGCAAACGGAACACCGUUUAAUGAUGAUAGAAGUGUAGGUAGUUUUUAAAUGAACGACCUCUGGGACUAUAAAACAGUCCUGGGAGUGAAGCACCAAGAAAUACAGCCUGGACAAGAUAUAUAGGGACCUGCUGACAUCAGACUGUAAAUCCAUCUGUGAAUGGUGCUUCGUUCACGAGGUAGCUGCAAUAUGACCGAUGGCACUCACGACCAAGGCUAGCGAAUGUCAGCGUUAUCAAUGUCUUAACGGAAGCCAGAGGUCAGGGAGGGACAAGAGCCCUGCUCGACAUGGACGACAGCCGGCCGCAGGAAACCGUGAACAGACCUGUCGAGCCGCGUUAGCUCGUCUUUAUAAAUUACUGUUGUCGUUAUUCAACAUUCCGAUUGCCAGUUCAUCUCAUAUGUGCUGUUUUAUUGUAAUAAUGCCUAUUUUUGUGUUGAGAUUAUUGUGAUGAUUUUGAACUCCCCGGCCCCCACCCCCCCUCUCGUGUUGUUUUCUGAUUUAUUUUUCUGUAUCUUUGGUUGACUCUUAAAAAAUGUUGUGCGAGUACUUUUGUUUUACUCUGCUGUGAAGUUUCACUGACCUUGUGCAUUUGGUUAUGUGUGUGUGUGACUGUGUAGUGCUGUAGUUAAUGUGUCGUUGUUAGCGUGAUACUGCGGUAUUUUUCUCUUUGAUUGUCAGACCCGUGUCCUCUCCCUCUCCUUCUAUCUUUCACACUCCUCUGCAUCCACAGCCGGGGGCUGCAGGCCGAUGCAGGGGAGCUCCAACACACCAAAUGUAUGACUUAGACUUAGAGUUAUACAAUCAUAGAAAGCACAAAGGAUUACUCGGCACAAGAGAGCACAUGGCCCACUUUGAAUAUACUCAGACCAAGUUCUCGUAAAGCAAUGUGCUGCUUUUGCAGACAUGGAUUGAAGUCUGAUUUAUUCAAAUGGAAAGGUCGAUUGAGAUCAACCUUUUGAGUCUCGUAGGAAAGUUUAUGUCUGUAAAACUUGAUUCGUAGGGCUGAGACGACGGGUCAUUAUAAGAGACCCUUGUGAUGGUGUCCACUAUGUCACCCGUCAGCAGUUAUCCACAAAAUGUAUAUCGCCUACAUAUUCUAAAUGAAACAGAUGUAAGAAUGUAUCUUAGAUAUAAUGAGAUGUAUUAUUAUUAUAGUGAAGAGUUUAUUACAUUUUAAUCUAAAGAUUUGUGCUUUACACAUUCACUGAAAAUGUCUAUCAACCAGCUCACUGAUAUGCAAUAAGUAGGAGCCACACACACUAGGAAAACAAACUAUGAACACAGCAAUGACUUCACAAUGUAUGAUGCAAGCAGGCGAAUCGGAGGCCUUCUGGGGUCCCUUCACGGCCUCUGUUGUCUUCCUCCAAGAGGAACUGUGCGUUAUGGCGCUAUAAGAUAGGGACCCUCACCCCUCUGUCCAUCUACAAAGUCUCUGUGGCAAAGAGGGCGUUUAUGAAUAUGUGGUGAAUGACAGUCGUUCGAGACAUUGUUGACAAUGCAAUUGAGAAAAGAAAAAAAACCAUCCCAAAUAUUGUGUUCCCUGUCACAAUUUGCUGUUCAAUAAACUGACUGUCCUGAAAUUGC